AAAGAUGCGGCAUGCUGGGAUAUCUAUUAACGAUGUCGUGUUGCUUCGCUCGGCGCAGUUUGGGCAGUGCAGUGGUAUUUAGGAGAAAUUUAUCAAUUAUGAUGUGUCGGGAAAGUGAAUAUACAAUAUUUGCAAAUGCGCGAAUGAAGCGUUCAUCCGCACGUGUUGUAGGCUGAAGCUCGCGCGGUCGGCGUACGUAUACAGCGAGUUCUCCAAAUCGUUCGGUGGUACACUCGCCCCCCAUCUCCGCAUAUUGGAGCUUCUUUUUAGAGGUGUCUUCGCGCCCUUGUUUACGCGUGCUGUCCACACGGUUAUGAAGCCCGUGCCCAGCGGCGGGGUCAUGCUUUUGCGACGGUGGUACCUCGGACUCGCAGCCUUCUAGAGAAGCGCGGCAUAACCAUAACCGAGACCGCAUCUGUCAACAUGUCGACAGUCAUGAAGCUCUCUUCGCACGAUCGGAAAGAACUGGAAAAGUUCACCCUGUUCCUGUCUUGCAAGUCGGUCCAAGUGAUCGUGCAGUCUCGAUUGGGCCAGAAGCAAAAGACGCAGUGUAAAGCAGAGGCCUCGAAUUCGGACUGGUUCAACUUGGAUAUACCGGACGAAGACGACGUCCAGCUACAACUGAAUGACGCCAUGGCCGGCCAGAUUCCGGAGCCUGGCGGGCCUAGCCUCUGUACGGAGAUUUCGCUUAAAACCGUCGACGGCGACACACUGGUGUUGGAAGUGUGGCAGCUGUCUGUGAGCAACGUCUGUGACUCUUCCGUCCGGGCCACCUACACUGUCUACAACCGUAUGAGCCUUGUACUGAAAUCGCUCAUUACCAUCACGCGUGUGAUGCCAGCAUACAGGCUCUCGCACAACCAAAGUCGGGACUCCUACAUCAUAUGCUUCAAUGUCUACAUGGGGGAGCCCCAGCUAGAUGUGCUGGGCGAGGACUACAAGCGAAUACAGGUGGGCCAAGUAGGGAUGCCCACAGGAACCCUGACCCUCGGAGUGGACUACCGCACCAAGAUGACCAUCUCCCCUCAACAGGCCAUCAACCAGGCUCACCCUGCCAUGAUGCUUAAGAGCGACUACUUCAAGCCAGACCUCAGCCCUCGGGGUAUGCGGAUGCGGCCCAGCACGGACAUAGCAACUGAUGCCAUAAAGCGAAGCGACAAAGACUUGCCUCCAGAAGGGAUCAGGAGGCAAAGCGGCGUUGCAGGUCACAACGGAUGUGCUAAUGGAUUGCAGGACAGGGUGGAUGAGAGCCCCUGGCCUCUGCCAAAGCCUGCUUUCUCCUCACUGCUAUCCAUGCCCGCCAAGUCAACCGCAAGUAGCAACUCGCGAUCUGAAGAGGACAAUGACUCUGACGUCAACGAGCCCCUUGUGGAGCCUCGGGAGGUGCUGCUGCCAACUGAGGACUUCAUCCUAGUUGAAUUGAAACCUCCGUUUGCUGAUGGCGAGGAAGGUGGCACGGACUUGGGAACAUUCUUCCAGGAAUGCCAGAGCGCACCGAUGCUGUCUUCGUUUUCCUGCCAGCCAACGCUAGAGCAGCAAGUGUCUGAAAUCAGUGCACAUCUGGCUGCACUGGAGUCCAGUCUGCCUGACCUUGAUCAGUUUGUCGAGUCUGUUUGCCAAAGUGAUUCCCUGAAGUGAAGACUCUGUGUCAGUGUCAAAUGUGGAAUGCGAUGAAGGGACAUUCUCAGGCCAUUGGUGAGGACUGUGCGGGGAGGAAUUCCAUGCCUUGCCACAGUGGUUGAAGGAUUGUUGAGAAUAUCAUUAUCAUGAGAACGUUUUCAUCAUGGUGUGCUCAGUCAUGGACAAGUACUAAAGUACAAAGUGCAUGUUAAGAAUGAAGAGGAGAGAGAGAGAGAGGCCCCAUGUAAGCAGAAAAAAAGCAUUGUGACGACGUAACAGAUGGGGCUUGGUGCGGCACCCAGUUGUUGGCUCUCACUGACAUCGCUGAAGCACCUCACUAGUGGUUGCUGCACGUGACAAGGCCAGGGAUUGGCAAUGAUGCUGCAGUGUUGUGUUUUUGUGCUUCUGCUUAGUAAGUACUUGUAUUUAAUGGAGGGCUCUUGCCCCAGUGACCUGCCCAGGAAUGAGAGUUUUCGCCACAUUGGUUGCGGCAUGACUGCUCUUGCACUAAACAUUCGAGCAUAGGAUUCCGCAGGUGGCUGUAAGGGUUGUUACAAUGAGUAGUUGUACCUUAUAGACAACAUAUCGCUGCCUGAGUUUUUGUUGGGAUGCUUUAGCUUUCAGUGCUCUGUCGGUACAGUGCAUACAGCAGUGCACAACUGCAGUGGUAUGAGCCGCGUAUGACUGCACCAAGUACACCGAGCUGCGCUUACUGAGCUGGAUUUCUUGACACCUGUUCCAUGUGAUUCCCUGUAUUGCAUGGGGGAACAAUGAAAAACGCGAAGUGCGUCUAGCUGACUUUUGAAGGGGCCUUGCAGCGCCAUUCGUGAAAGGUGUGGAAUGCGCAUUCGUCAGACAAAUUUUCCGGCAGGUUUUCAGUGCCCCUUGUAUGAACAGCUAAUGCUGCCGCAUCCUAACUGCCUGCUGCCUUUUGUCAUUUAAGUUGCACUAGAAAGGCGUGCUGUUGUGCCCACUUGAAAGAGUGCCUGUCAUCGCCAUGAGCUUUUCUGUUGACAUGAACGCUAGGCCAUUGGGCAGAAGCCAUACUCACAUUCCUCCUGCUGCCAAUAUCGGAGGCCAUAGUAUCAUUGUAGUAGUGCAAAUCUCUCCUACCAAACUGUUUGUUGUCAGGCAUUGAUUCCACGCCAUGCUCCCUUAGAGGUUGCAGAUGUAAGGGCCUUUCCUAUUGCUAAAUCGCUGUUAUCGCCAGGUACUGCCAGCGUCACAUUGGAGAUCAGAUUUCUGUGCACUGCUUACGCAUUAUGUCUGAAAGAAAUACAGCCACUGAUCACCAAGUAUGUAUAAGUGUGUAUGUUUGUGAAUGUUAGUGAGGAUUUUCAGAACUUAAAAGGAUUCAUAGGCAUUGUACAAAACAGUGGACUCCCUGCUGUGAGCACUGGAGUGACAUGAGGCUUAUGUUCAUGCUGAUUAUUACCACAUGGUAUAGCAUACCAGUGACUGGAGAAGGAAGAUUCUUGGGGCCAAGUGUAAACUAUACUAGGUAAAUGGCCUGGUUCCCUAAUGGGUUUGGGCAAUUCAGAAAAAAAAAUGCCUGAUCAGCAUUGUGUAAAGUACUUGCUUCUGAGGGCUCAGCAUCUACUUCAACUGAGGGUGAAACAGUUCUGCUGAAGGUGUGAGGUAAGUUCGACGUAUACACCGUACCCCUCCAAGCUGCAGCAGUGUCAGUUGUGUUGAAGCUUAUAGAGAUACACAAUGCCAGUUACGGAAGUCGGAAAGCACUUGCGCCAGAAUUUUGAACUGCCUGAGACCACAUUUCAAUGGCAGAUUUUGUCGCACGGGUGCAAGCACUGUACAAUUGCACUGAGUAUGACAUGCAAGCGCGUGGCAAGCUGCUGUCCCUGGCUGUAUAGCGGCGCUGAGAGUGCCAUGUUCCUGAUUUAAAGGGACAAGGAACCACUGUCCUUUUUUUCAUGCAACAGCCCCCUCUGUCACGAAAAAAGGAUAAGAAAUAAAGGAAGCUACAACAUUUCGAUAUGAAGAUAGUCUUCAUUUCCAAAAGCAAAAGUGAUGCAUACUUUGUGCAAAGGCACCAUCUGUUUGUCAUUUUUGUUAGAUCAAGGUUUUGUACUCUAAACUGGCAGAGAGGGUGAAAGCAGGCAUAGAGGGUGAUGCAGGAAACAAGAACAGUAGAGCCCCUAAAUUCAAGUCGAUAAAAUGGUGCAGCCAGUGCCACCAUCCAACCUUGGAGAGGACUUUGCCACAUGCUCGCCUGUUGUAGGUCCGACUGAGUGGUAUAGUUCAUAGUCAAGUCCCUAGAUUUUUCCCUUUUACCUAAGUACCGACAACUGCCUCCUCUCCAGCCCUCUCUCAUGUGCAGCCGGCGUCUGCUGCCAUUUUCUUCCUAACUUGGAAGAUUUACAAAGCCGCAUACGGGUCUAAGUGCAUUAGCCACGCAUCUUUCAGCAGACAAUAUGCUAACGCGAUGCGCCUUUCUCCUCCCGCCAACGCCCCAUCAUUAAUGAGCGGGGAACGCAUUUCACCAGGUGCUGAAAAAGUGUUAGGAAGAACAUGGCUACUGAAAACGAGCGUUAGCCAAUGAGAUUCGGCGGCGGCGCUUCAGUGGUUGUCUGUACCUAAGAAAGAAGAGGGAAAAAUCUAGGGACUUUAGUUCAUAGCAUAUGCAUUAGCACAAGGUUGCAAAAAUCUCCAAUCACUGAUCAGCCACCUGUCACAUCUGACUCCUUGGGAAGUUUGCCUACAACGUAACAAGUGUUGCAGGGCCCCCUUUAAUUGUCUGUUUACUUGUGACAAUGAACGUAUUGAGUGAUGCUUUCUGAACUGAGUGCUAAUGGUUAUACGGUCUCAGUACAACUGAACUUUGCUGUCUCCACUGGGCAGAUCCAUUAUGCACAACACUGCUUACAUGGGGUGCAGAGAGAGAGUGUUUUUUAGGUCUGGCGGAAAGGUGUACUACAAGACGUUGCUGAAGUGUUCGGUCUGCGUAAACGAUGCCAAGUCUUUGCGCAGCUGUUACAUUUUGGCAUUUGAUCAAUGCAAAAGGAGCCACUCCUCCAUUUUUUCCUAUCAACUUUUCCUGUAGUGUGCAAGAUUGUGAGAAAUCAUUUUCCUUUUGUGAUAGCUGUGUAUGGUUGGCCACGUAGUUGAACAAACUGCAUAAAGCAUUGUUGCAAAAAGAGCGCCUCCGAGUUCUCACUUUAAGCAAGCGAAUCGGCGGCACUGUUUGUUCUAGAAAUGACGAGUUGUGUUGAAAUUAAGAUGUUGGGAGUAUAUAUAUUCAAACAUGCCUGCAUCACUGUUCUCAAACCAGGUUAAAAUUUAAUUAUUGUUUGCUGUUGGUGGUAAUUCUUGUGUGACUAUUACAUGCUAUUAUUCAGUACAUAUCCUGCAAUGAUCACUAAAAUGUGCAUGGUGCUGCCAAGUCAAGUUUGACUAUGUUUCUUUGUAGUGUGACUUGCCCUGCUCCAUAUUUCUGUCUGCUUCUGUCAAUAAAUGUGGCCAAAAGAGGA